GUUAAAGUCCUUUGAAUGGUACAGUACAUAUGUGCAUACAUACCGCAGCCACGUAUGUACGUCAUUCAGUAAUGUUUUUAAUUAGUUGAUAGUAAAGAUAAAUAAUUAAUAUGAACAUUUAUGCAAUAACAAUCAACUUGUUAUUGAUUAUUCAAUUAUCACAAUGUACAUUGUCACCGCCGAAGGGAAAGGGUAGCAAAAAGAGUAAAGGAAAGAUUGAGAGCAAGAAAGGCCCUGGUGAACAAGAUGUUUUCAGUCGAUCAUUAGUGGUGAAGAACCCUAAGGCUAACGAUAUUAUACGAGAAUCUGGAGUUUACUGUUCCAACACAACCAACAGACGAUUUACCGGUGACGUUUUGGGAUACAUCACACCGUGGAACAACAAUGGACUUGAUGUUUCUAAAAUAUUCCAUGGAAAGCUUACAAUGGUAUCGCCAGUAUGGUUGGCAUAUCCUGAAGGUAAUGCAGCUAGCUAUAAGUUGUCAACUCAUGAUGUCCAGAAGAGAUGGAUGAAAGAAAUGAGAGCAGCCAAUAAUGCAAAACAUCAAGUGAAAAUCUUGCCAAGAGUACUGUUUGAGCACUGGUCAAUUGAUGACAUCAUUGGACUGUACAGUGACACUCACAAACAGAUAGAUCUAAUAUCUUCUCUUGUGGACACUGCCAAGGCUUUUCACUUUGAUGGCUAUGUAUUGGAAAUGUGGAACCAAUUUGUACUAACAGGUGUGGAAGCUCAGAUUGUGGUGUCGAUAAUUCAGUCGGUUGCUCAAAAGCUCAAGGAGAACAAUUUUGACACAAUCCUGGCUGUGCCACCAUCGAGAGGUGCAAAAGUUCAAUUGUUCAACAAGGAUCAGUUUGACCAACUAUCUCCAUACUUGCAAGCUUUCUCGUUAAUGACUUACGACUAUUCGAGCGUUCAAAGACCAGGACCUAACAGUCCUAUCGAUUGGGCAACAGAGUGUGUGGAAUUGUUGGUGCCCGAAAAGGGUCCAAAACGGGCACAGAUAUUGCUAGGUCUUAAUUUCUACGGAUACAAUUACACUCCUGAGGGCGGCGGAGCCAUAUUAGGGUCAGAUUAUCUCAAACUUCUCGAAUCCUAUAAAGGGAAAAUUCAGUGGGAUGACAACAGCAAAGAGCACUUUUUCGAGACAAAGUCAUCAGGGGUCAGUGGAAUUGUCUUUUAUCCCACGUUAUAUUCGAUUAUGCAACGACUGGAUCUUGCCGCAGAGUUGGGCACAGGUGUAUCGAUUUGGGAGCUCGGUCAGGGACUGAAUUAUUUUUAUGACUUGUUAUAAAUAUUUUUAUAUUCAACAGAAAUAUACAUGAGAUUAAACAAAUACAACGGCGGUUACCAAAUA